UCUGUUUAACAUUUCAGUACCCAUCAGCGAUCAAUCCUCUAUAGCGUACUCCUCAGUUCGCAAUUCCUCUGGCUUUCUUUUGCUCUCAUCAGAUCGAUGGAGUCCUACAAGAGAAUGCUUCCUGCAUUGUUCUUGCUCUGCUUCCUUCUCCUGUCAUCUGAGAUGGGGACGAGGGUUGUGGUGGCGAGGACAUGCGAGUCUCAGAGCCACAAGUUCGUGGGGCAGUGCGUGAGGCCGCCCAACUGCGCCAACGUGUGCCGUACGGAGGGGUCGUUCUCGGGAGGGGUAUGCCGUGGUACCCUGCUCAACCGCAAAUGCUACUGCACCAAGAUUUGCUAAAUAAUUAUUAAGCUCUAUAACUGAUCAACCAAGAGCCAACACGAAUUGGUGAUGUCGUCGUUGGGGUUUAAGAUUUUAGAGUAAGAUCAUUGUCGCACUGGUAUAGUAGCAGUUCGUCCUUGUUUGAACUUAGUAGGUUACUCAGUUUGCAGUGUCAUGCAGCGUUUAUGGUGAUCAAUAAUCAAUAGCAUGUUUGCUGUUUGGUUUA